UCUUACCAGUCAAAAGUUAGGAUCUUUACUCGGUUAUGGUAUUUCGUUUUAAGUUUCGUUUCAGAAAAAGUGUCUUCAGUAAAAAUUCAAUAUCUCUCUCAAUUUUGAUCCAUUUUAAAAGAUCUUUAUCUCGUUUUAAAGCUUAGAAAAAUAGCUACAUUUUUUAUGAAGAAAGUAUUGUCUAGAUCAGGGUGUAACUAUUUUUAAAACAUUUAUUUUUAGGCUGUAUUCAGAAAUCAGCGUGAUCCAGAAUUUUAAAGAAACUGUUUUGAGAAAACAUGCAUAACUCCUAGAUUAUAGCUCCAAUUUUGAUGAUCUUUAUACCGUUAGAAAGGUCUUUCAAUUAACUAAAAACUUUGUGAACAGUAGGACUUCUAAUUCAAACGUUUUAUAUGUCAAAUUCUAGGUUAAACUUGCUGUACAGUAAGAGUAAUAAAUAUAUUGAGUUUAUCGGUGGACUAAGGGUUUCACUAAUUGUUAUAGGGCCUAGAAGGUAUCGUAAGAGUUAAUUACAGCGGAGUUGAGAACAAGUUAAGGGAUUUGAUGGAAAACGGUGAACCCAGAAGAUCAACCCGCUUGAAUGAAAGAGCGGCUGUAAGAGACCGAGCUAGAGGUCGAGGGCGAGGAUGUGCUCGCGGUCGAGGCAGGGGAAACCAGCAUGUCCCUGCCGAGGCGGUGAUCCAGGAGAAUCAAAAUGCCCCUGUAAAUGGACAACAACCAGGUCAAGGUGGGGGUAACCACGAAGUCCCUGCUGGGGUAGUUGGUCAAGAACACCAAAACGCCCCUGUAGUGGUGCCACCACAACAAGAAGAUUUGGCGCAAGAAGUUGCUCGUCUCAAGGAAGAAAUUAGGAAGCGAGAUGAAGAGGCUCACAACCGUCAGGAACAACCCAAUCAAGGACAACAUCAAUUUUUGCCGGUGCAAUACAUGCCUGUGCCGGAGGGUUGAUGGGAACCAAUAUAUGAAAGGUUCCGCAAGCAACACCCACCAAAUUUUGAAGGGCUCAGAUCCAAUGGAAGCUGAGGAAUGGUUAAGAACAGUGGAAGGUAUUGUUGAGUACAUGCGGCUCGGUAACGGAGAUAGUGUAGCUUGUGCUGCUAGUUUAUUGAAAAAGGAUGCCCGCAUCUGGUGGGAUGUUAUUAAACAAACACGGGAUGUGGCCGCAAUGACCUGGGCUGACUUUGUACAAGUUUUUAACAAAAAAUACUACAGUGAAGCAAUACGCUCAGCUAGAGUUAAUGAGUUC